AUGAAACCAAGUAAUGCAUCGAGAUGGGUAAAAUCAUCUAUUAUUAGUAUAAUUGGUUCAGUAAUAACUAUAAUAUUACUCUUAAGGUUGAUACUACCAUCUUCCUUAACCCUUACAGCAUCUAUAUUCAAACCAUAUGUUCCAAAUUUUAAAAAUGUUCCAGGAGUUGAAUUUUAUGAUUUAAGAAAUUAUCAAGGUAAUAAAGAUGGUUGGCAACGUGGUGAUAAAGUUUUAUUUUGUGUACCUUUAAGAGAUGCAGCUGAACAUUUACCACGUUUUUUCAAUCAUUUAAAUACUAUGACUUAUCCACAUAAUUUGAUUGAUUUAUCCUUCUUAGUUAGUGAUUCAUCUGAUGAUACAAUGGGUGUAUUAUUAUCUAAUUUACAAAAUGCUCAAUCUCAAAAGGAUAAGAGUAAAAGAUUUGGUAAUAUUGAAAUUUUUGAAAAAGAUUUUGGUCAAAUUAUUGGUCAAUCCUUUUCUGAUAGACAUGGUUUUGCUGCACAAGGACCAAGAAGAAAAUUAAUGGCAAGAGCAAGAAAUUGGUUAGGUUCUGUAGCGAUUAAACCUUAUCAUUCUUGGGUAUAUUGGAGAGAUGUCGAUGUUGAGACUAUCCCAGAGACUAUCAUGGAAGAUUUAAUGCAUCAUGAUAAAGAUGUUAUUGUACCAAAUGUUUGGAGACCAUUACCUGAUUGGUUAGGUAAUAUUCAACCAUAUGAUUUAAAUUCAUGGAAAGAAAGUGAAGGUGGUAGUCAAUUAGCAGAAAGUCUGGAUGAAGAUGCAGUCAUUGUAGAAGGUUAUCCAGAAUAUGCUACGUGGAGACCUCAUUUAGCAUAUAUGAGAGAUCCAAAUGGUGAUCCAGAAGAAGAAAUGGAAUUAGAUGGUAUUGGUGGUGUUUCUAUCUUAUCAAAAGCUAAAGUUUUCCGUACCGGAUCUCAUUUCCCUGCAUUUUCAUUCCAAAAACAUGCAGAGACAGAGGCAUUUGGGAAAUUAUCUCGUGCAAUGAAUUACAAUGUUGUUGGUUUACCACAUUAUGUUAUUUGGCAUAUAUAUGAGCCAUCGACAGAUGAUUUAAAACAUAUGGCAUGGAUGGCAGAAGAAGAAAAGAGAAAAGUUGAAGAGACUAGAAUUAAAGAAUUUUAUGAUAAGAUUUGGAUUUCUGGAUUUGAUGAUGUUAGAGAUGAAUGGGAAACUGAAAGAAGUGAUAUUUUAUUAAAUAUUGAUUUAACUAAUGCACCAGAAAGUAAAAUCGAUGUGGAUUGGUCAGAUGACGAUGAUAAAUUAAAAGCUGCUAAUGCAGCACUUGCAGGAUCAGUACAGGAUGCAUUAUCAGCAAAUGGUAAAAAUCCAAAUAGUAACGAUAUUAACAAGAAGACUAACAAUAAUAACAAUAAUAAUAAUAACGAUAAUGAUAAUAAUAACAAUAACGCUGCCCAGGCACAUAAAGCUGCCGGAUUAGAGGUAGCUCCUGAUUUUGAUCCAAAUCAAUAA